AUGCUUAUUGUUAGCCUCAAAUCUGGAAGGCUAAUUACAGUGGUUCAUACGCCAACCCGAAAGCUCAGCAGACCAUCGUGGAAAAACGAAAAUCAAUCCCAUGAAACAGGCAUAUCGCAGGAUGGUGUGCAAGAUCCAUGCAUUGUGGUGCAAAAUUCGGCUGAUUCUGAGAUCACAGGGGAUGGCUUUCGCUGGAGAAAAUAUGGACAGAAAGUUGUGAAGGGAAAUCCAUAUCCCAGAAGUUACUACAGAUGCACCAGCCUCAAGUGCAAUGUGCGCAAGCAUGUCGAAAGAGCAUCAGAUGACCCAAAAGCCUUUAUCACAACAUACGAAGGAAAACAUAACCAUGACAUGCCAAUCAAAAGCACAACCCCAGUGGCAUCUGAACCAGCUUCAAAGCACAAAUAA